GUUCGAAACUCUUCGGUGGCUCGGGAAGCGAGUGCUGACAUGGCGUCGACAAGCCGCGGAGAGGCACUGGCCCUUCCCAGAGUGCAAUGCCCGAACCACCCUGAUGCUCUGCUGGUGGAGGAUUACAGAGCAGGGGACAUGAUUUGCCCUGAAUGUGGUCUUGUUGUGGGUGACCGGGUAAUCGAUGUGGGCUCUGAGUGGAGGACGUUUACCAAUGAGAAAGCUACCAAAGAUCCAUCCAGAGUUGGAGACGCCCAAAACCCACUGCUCAAUGGAGGAGACCUAACCACCAUGAUCAGCAAGGGAACAGGCUCCGCUAGCUUUGAUGAGUUCGGCAACUCCAAAUACCAGAACCGUCGGACUAUGAGCAGUUCAGACCGCGCCAUGCUCAAUGCCUUUAAAGAAAUCACCACCAUGGCAGACCGCAUCAACCUACCAAGGAACAUUAUUGACAGAACAAAUAAUUUAUUCAAACAAGUGUAUGAACAGAAGAGCCUCAAAGGACGGGCUAAUGAUGCCAUCGCCUCAGCCUGCCUCUACAUCGCCUGCAGACAAGAAGGGGUGCCUAGGACAUUUAAAGAAAUUUGCGCUGUCUCCCGCAUCUCGAAGAAGGAGAUUGGUCGCUGCUUCAAACUGAUCCUCAAGGCCUUGGAGACCAGCGUGGACCUCAUCACCACAGGAGACUUCAUGUCUCGCUUCUGUUCAAACCUGGGUUUGCCCAAGCAGGUACAAAUGGCUGCCACAUUCAUCGCCAGGAAGGCUGUGGAGCUGGACCUGGUGCCCGGCAGGAGUCCCAUCUCUGUCGCCGCCGCAGCGAUCUACAUGGCCUCCCAGGCCUCGGCUGAGAAGAAAACCCAGAAAGAGAUUGGAGACAUUGCCGGCGUGGCAGACGUCACCAUCAGGCAGUCGUAUAGGCUCAUCUACCCACGUGCGGUGGACCUCUUCCCUCCAGACUUCAAAUUUGACACGCCCGUGGACAAACUGCCCCAAUUGUGAAGAUGCAACCCACAAAAUGAUGACUGCAUUCUCUGCUGCACUUGUAGGAGUAUAUUCUUUUUUUAUGCUCAUGGUUUUUGUUGUGGGAUUUGGAAGCUUAAUCUUUUCCCUCCUAAUUUAAGACUUUAAGCCUUUUUCAAGGCACUUGCAGGAAUACACAGGAGACACAUUCCAAUGCUUUAACAAAAAGAUUGCAGACUGUAUUUACAGUAUUUCAUUUGAGUGUAUAUAUCAUGUAUAUAUGUCCAAGUGAGACGGUGUAAUUGGUGCUUGCAAUUUUAGGCUUGGUUUCAUACUGUAAACAUACUGUUUUGUAGAAAAUGGGCUAUUUUGUUAGUUUGCCAUGUUCUAAAUUAAUAAAAAGCCUCUUCAAUAAAGCAUGGUGAUCACCUCAUGGUUUGAAUGACAUUAAACUUUUGUUUACU